UCACAGGACUCGUCAGUCCGGGGGUCCUUUCACUUGUGCAUAACAACAUGGCGGCCGCCUUGUGCAGAGGCAAACACAGACUGAAGGCUUUCUGUCACUCCGCUGUUCGCUUGUCAAGCAGAAACAUUACCGGACAGUUUGAUUAUGACCUGGUGGUGAUCGGAGGAGGAUCCGGAGGUUUGGCGUGUUCCAAAGAAGCGGCUCAGCUGGGACAGAGUGUGGCUGUUCUGGAUUAUGUGGAACCGUCAGUGAGAGGCACUAAAUGGGGACUGGGAGGAACGUGUGUGAAUGUGGGCUGUAUUCCUAAGAAGCUGAUGCACCAGGCUGCUCUUCUCGGCACGGCGCUCAGGACCGACUCGGGGAAAUACGGCUGGAGGAUCAGCGGCUCUGUCUCACACGACUGGGUGUCUAUGGCAGGAGCUGUGCAGAAUUAUGUGAGAUCCCUGAAUUGGGGCCACAGAGUUCAGCUACAGGACAAGAACGUGAAAUAUCUCAAUAUGAAAGGAAGUUUGCUAGACCCUCACACCAUCCGAGGAUUAAACGCCAGAGGAAAGGAGGCGACUGUGACGGCCAGGAACAUAGUGAUAGCCACCGGCGGACGUCCAAAAUACCCCACGCAUGUCCCGGGAGCGAGAGAGCACGGCAUCACCAGCGACGAUCUCUUCUGGCUGAAAGAGUCUCCGGGGAAAACGCUAGUCGUCGGAGCCAGCUAUGUGGCUUUGGAGUGUGCUGGUUUUCUGACCGGCAUUGGACUGGACACCACAGUGAUGGUGCGCAGCAUCGCCCUCCGAGGGUUUGAUCAGCAAAUGUCUCGUUUGGUGACGGAUCACAUGGAGGCUUACGGGACUCAUUUCUGCUGGAGCUGCGUUCCUAAGAAGGUGGAGAAACUUCCAUCAGGACUACUGCAGGUCACCUGGACAGAUACAGAGAGGCAGCAGGAACAUCAGGACACGUUCAGCUCGGUGCUGUGGGCUGUAGGUCGAGCUCCUGAAAGCGAAGCACUGAAUUUGAAACAUGUUGGUGUUGAGCUCAACACAGACACGGGCAAAAUCAUCAUCGGUGAUGAUGAGCAAACAUCCGUGCCCAGUAUUUAUGCCAUUGGAGACAUCGCAGAGGGACGUCCCGAGCUCACCCCAACUGCCAUCAAAGCAGGGAAACUCCUGGCUCGGCGAUUAGCUGGACACUCCAACCAACUCAUGAACUACGACAACGUGCCUACUACAGUGUUCACUCCUCUAGAGUACGGAUGCGUCGGUUUAUCCGAAGAAGAAGCCGAGAGAAGAUACGGCAGUGACGAUAUAGAGGUUUUUCACGCCUUCUACAAACCUCUGGAGUUCACCAUAGCCGAAAGAGAUGCCAGUCAGUGCUACAUCAAGGUGGUGUGUGAGCGGGCAGAACCCCAGCGAGUGUUAGGGCUUCACUUUACUGGCCCCAGCGCUGGAGAAGUGACCCAAGGGUUUGCUCUCGGCUUCCAGUGCGGGUUCACGUACUCUCAGCUGUGUGAUACGGUCGGUAUCCACCCCACGUGCGCGGAGGAGUUCACCAAACUCCACAUCACCAAGCGUUCCGGUCUGGACGCCACAGUAACCGGCUGCUGAGGUUAAACACACCCCCAAUCCCCUGAAUACACUUAACACACGGACCCUGUGGACGCAAGAAAGGAAGUGAUGUCACAAUCGGGGUAUAAUGUUUGGCUCGUUUGGCGGGGUUUACAGGUCCGUCUCUCCUGCGGCCUGUCAUGACCUCUUUGACCUCUAUAGUCUCCGAGAGCACAAUUAAGCAAUCCAGUUAAGUCUCUAAAUGUACAAUGUUCCUAAAAAAACCCAUCUUUUUUAAACUCCACGAUAACACAACAAGGCUCUAAAGAAGCUAGAGUAACGGCAAAACAGGCUCCAAGGCUCAUAAAUCAGGAUUAAAGCCCCAUUACAGCUCGCUGAAAUGAGAGUCGCAGGAGAACGGAGCAGUUUUUAAAAACAUAUUCGGAGAAUAUUGUUGUUUCUCCGGCUGUAUUUCCUGUCCAUUACUCAUUCUCUGCAGCUGACACUGAUGGAUGGGCUCGGUCCGUCACCACGGCGAUACACCCCAGGUUCCCAGGGAAGCGGACAAACACCGGCGAGCGGCGUGUCAAUCAAACCCCGGGGUCGAGAGAGCGCUUGUUUAAACCUUUUUUUUUCCCCUCUUUAACUACAGAGAUUUCCCCUCAGCAGAGCACACAGAGCAAACAUGCACAUGCUCCGUCUCUCUGCCUAAACCGCUGCAGCGACUAGAUCACUACAGAUAAAGGGGUAUUUCAUUAUAAAUCCCCCUGUACGCCUGAAGGGGCCAGUAUUCACCUCCUUUUCCUGCUGCUUUUUUUCCCCCAGAUGAGCUGCAUGGAUGCCGGAUAGCUUCGGAGUGACAGUUUAGGAGUGACGGUCUAAUCUAGGUGAAAGUAGCAGCUCAAAUAAAUCCAACCUCAGCCUUUAAUCUGCUUCUUUAAAUUCUGCCCAGUUUAUGUAAUAGAAGUCACAAACCUGCUAAAUUUUAUAAUCUAUUAUUAAAAACAAGUUCAAAAUCUUGCGUCAUGUAUUAAAUGACGUUUAGAAUAAGUGGCUAAUUCUAUCAGGGUGCUCUCAGGGAAGCAAACUAAGUAGAAAUGCUGCCUUUCUAGGGACACUCCUCCUAAAAUCCAACAUGGCCGUCACCAAUCAUUAACCAUUAGGAACAACACAUGCCAUUAAAACCACCAUUACAGACCACCACUAGAAAUCCAUUAGGAGAAUGUCAGAGAUGCUUUUUCAAACUCAUUUAUCAUUAGUUCUGUGUCUGUCCUCUGACCAAAGGAUAACUUUAUCUACAAAACCUUAUUCCGUUACCGUAGAAACUUUACCUUGUGCCUGAAAGACUCUGUUUUGUUCCUCUGGUCAGAAACACACUCAUCGGGAGACUUGUAGUGUUUUGCCGAGUGAGAUUUCUGUGAUUUUUACCCCAACAGAGAAGGUUUGUUUUUGUCUGAUGUGCCUCAGCUCUCUGAUUAAUGAGGCUCGGAGUGUGUGUGACAGGCCGUUGCGGAGACCUAGACCAAGACCCAGACGGGGGACGAGCAAUGCUACCAGAUUUAUUUGGACCUGAGGAGCGAGUGAAGGGUCCUGUGUUCAUGUAUUUUAGGGAACAGGGGGUGCUGACUGAAGAACCCUGACCCCUAGUACACUAGCAGUAAUAAUAACAGCCUAGCUGUAUCACACACACACACCUAUAGAGGACAUGGAAGGACUGGAGUGGAGUUUACCAAAAGGGUCAAUUUCUUCUCUGAAAAUUUGUCCAUAUUUUUUUCACAUUUCAUCCCACAGACAGUUGCAUCGAUAUUAUAUUUUCAUCAUAUCACAUUUCACAACAUUAUCGCGAUUGUAUCUUGGAACAUUUCGGAGCUCCGGUCUCAUUGGUCAGUUUUCGUAACUUUAUCGUAACUUUUAUGCAUCGUAACAUUUGUUCAUAAUUGUGUACUUCUUUAGCUAGGCUAAGCUACAUUUUUGACUCCAAACACGAUUACUGUUCAAUAAGUCAUAACUAUGCUAGGUUGCACAAGCUAGCUUAAUAGAGCUGCAUGCAAAAAUUAGUGCCCCCUCAGUUUUUCUGUGUAAAGGAGGAUGUACUAGAAAAGAUGAUCAGUGUGUCUCCUAACCCUAACCCAGACAAAUAACUUUGAUUAAGUUCAUUUUGAGGAUCUAAUAGCUGGUCAGAUGAUGUGAAGGAUGCAAGAUAUUAGAGAAUAUUGAUGUCUGGUCCUGUCUUGUUGAUUUGUUAUGAAUUUAGUUUUUAUUUUGUCCUGAGGGGAUACUAACUUUUGCACUCAGUUGUAAAAUGAAGCAGUAAGAAACUCUGCAGCUUAAACACGGCUAAAAACGGUUUAAGCGUUUCAUUCUGAGACACAAACAAACCUCCAGGCUCUCUAUACACAUAGACACACACACACACACACACACACACACACUGAGGGGUCAGGGUUGAGCUUCUCAGGGGGUCGGUUAAUGAGGACCUGCACUAAAAGCCCUGCAAGGAGAAGGCAGGUCUGAUGCGCUCCGGCGUCCCUGCUCUGCGUGUGUGUAAAUAGCGGAGGUUAAUCGGAUCUAAAGCUUUUGG